AGAGCGGCAAGCUGGAAGUGCGCAUGUAACAUAAGGCACCUUUGGGAGACAAGGAGCAUUGUCUGUUUCAGAACCAGUAGCCCGAGUAAGUUAUAUCUGCCGGCUUUCACUUCUGCAUCGCACUCGAUUUUCUUUUUCUUUUCUUUUCUUUUCUUUUCUUUUGUUUGUUUUGUUUUGCCGGGGCUGGAAAAACAUAUCGCGUAGCUGUUAUAUUCUUAAAAACCCGAGUUUCUCGGAAAACAAAAGGAAGACAAUAUCCUAGAAGUUUGCGAGCUUCGUCCGCGGCGCCUUUAUCCUCAUGGCAAUGUAGGCUUAUCCUACACAAGGAUGGUUUGGGGGUAGUUAUAUGGAGGCUGGGUUGGAACUGGGAGCAGAUUUCGAGAGGACAAGGGAGGGAGACACAGUUGAGAAACUUUCCCUCGCUCCCCGCGGAGGAACAAGGCGGUGACUGAGCGGGAUUGUUGUGAAGCGAUCUCCACGCACGCUCCGCGCAGACACAUCGAUCAAAUCCGAGAUGCGCCUGCUGAGCAAGUCGUGCGGAUGUGAGCGCGGAGAAAUCCGAGGGAGAGCACAGAAGUCCGGUAUGAUGCACGUACUUUUCCUGCUCGCAGUCGCACUGUCCUGUCACGGCUGUCCGGACAGAUGCUUGUGCUCCUCACAAACUGUGAAAUGCCAAAACCAGGACUUGGACGCGAUUCCGCAUUCUUUACCGACCAAUACCAAAAUUCUGUUUGUCACAGGAAACAACAUUUCCCGUAUUAGUGUGGACUCUUUCCCAACCGGCCUGGACAUGUUAACAGAUCUCUAUCUCAGUGGGAAUGAGCUGGAGUCUGUGGGUGCAAUGGUAUUUGACAACUUGCCAAACCUUGUGCGGCUGGACCUGAGCAACAACAAAAUCCAGACUUUCAGUGAGAGAGCUUUCCCUGAUGAUAAUAAACUGCAGGUCUUGAACCUCAGUAGGUCUUUUCACAAUCAUUCCUCCAUGGACGUGGUCCAAAGUGUCCUACAGAGUGGCAACCUCCUCACGCUGACAGUCUUGGACCUGUCCAACAAUGACCUUCUGAUUCUUCCGGACGACAUAUUCACGAGUCUCUCCAACCUGGUCAACCUCAGCCUGCAGAACAGCUCCAUCAUCUCCAUCCAGAACGGGACGCUUAAGGUGCCCCCACUGCGUGACCUUGACCUGAGGGACAACAGCCUGCGGUAUCUGCCAACCACCACCCUGGCCGAGUUCAGCCGCAAGCCUGGUCUCCACAUCUGGCUGGCGGGGAACCCCUGGCGCUGCGACUGUUUCAUCGAGGAGAUGUUGUUGUGGCUGAAAAACUCCACUCAGGUCGUCGACAUGCAGAACCUGACCUGCGCAGACCCUGAGGCCCUAAGACGCCAGCCAUUCCUGCAGGUUGAGCUGUCACAGCUGAAAUGUUCGAGCAACAUGGAGGGUGUGCUGGAGACUUCCUAUGUUUUCCUGGGGCUGGUGCUGGCACUGAUCGGCGUCAUAUUCCUGCUGGUGCUCUACCUGAACAGAAAAGGCAUCAAGCGGUGGAUGUACAACAUCCGGGACGCUUGUCGGGACCACAUGGAGGGGUACCAUUACAGAUAUGAGAUAAACUCUGACCCACGUUUGGCCAACCUAAGCAUCAAUUCGGACGUGUGAUGGGACACUGUCUGGGGCCCCGCAGUGAGAUAUGAAAUGACUUACACUAUUAAGAUUUGCAUGAAAGUCUUCCUCCCCUCCCCCCUUUCCCCCGUGAUGCUACUCAGAUUUUGCAUCUGUCAUUACUCCUACUCUCACAGCCGCCAUUCAACAACUGCCGUAUGUCCUGUACAAGUACCUGGCAGCUGUGUUGUCAACUGCCUUUCCUCCGUGUAACAUUGCAUGGACAAUGAAUCAUGGCAAAGGGUUUUUCUUUUGGAGAGUUGCAAAGAGUGAUAUGUUCUAUUUUUACUUUUCCUAAAGGAUAAACGAAUGGAGUACAUUGACUUUUGAGUGAAAGAGUAUCUGGCAAAAACACAUACCGCUGGUCAUUGCAUCCUUCUCAUUAUGCUUCUGCUGCAGAGAAAUGCUAUAGUGCUUGUUUAUAAGUUUGUUCUUUUAAUAUGUGAAUUUGUGAUAUACAGUAUGCCUUUUUUUUUUUUAAUGAUUAUAGUGCAAAUUGCAUCGUUUUUGGAUUUAGUAGAUGAAUGUGAUUGCUCUUUUAUUCUGUGAAGAUAUUCAGCUAAAUAAAAUGCCUCAGAUGGUAUCCA